CCUACUUCGUGUUGCACUGACCGCCACCCCGCCAUGCAUCGCCCAGCCCAGCUCAGCUCGAGCCCCGCACUAGUCUAGACCUGGCCACGCAUGCAAGCGGCUACCGUAUCCGAACUUCCUCACUUCAACUUCCGCUUUUACUUUUACUUCACUCUACAUAAAACAUUCCUCUGGAUUGUCAUCUCAAUACAAUGCCUUCCCCACUCGAUCUUCUCAACGACCCGGACAUUGCCAAGGCGUACGAGGAUGUAAGGAGUGAUAAGAGUGAGACUACGUGGCUGGUGCUGAAGUACGCAUCCGCUUCCUCGGAUAACCUCAAGCUGGCGCAAACAGGCACAGGGGAUAUCGAGGAGAUGACGGAGUCGCUGGGUGAUGACGAGGCGGCGUAUGCGUAUGUUAGAAUGAAGCUUGGGAACGAUGAGUACUCGGAACGCGUCAAGUUUGCGUUUGUGGUGUGGGCUGGACCCAACACAAAGAUAAUGCGCAAAGCGAAGAUGUCCUUUCAAUCUGGCCAGGUCAAGCAGGUCAUCCGCACUUAUGCCGUCGAGAUCCAGACGAGCGAUAAGAAGGAGUUGGAGGCCGAAGCUGUGACGAUGAAGCUGAGGAAGGCUAUGGGUGCGAAUUAUGACCGACAGACUACUGCGUAUUGAGGAUGGGAUGGAACGAAGUAGUGAGGAAAGAGUGUGGAAUGAGAUGAAGGCCGUGAUUGAAUAAAGGUUUACGCGCGCAAGCAAGGGUAUCCUGGCGCUCAACAAACUGAGUAAACUCUGGGGAAGAUAGUCAAAGUCAACGACGGUUCAGCUUCGUAGAUCAACUAAGAAAGACACAAAAGAUACGACUUCUUUCCUCC